AUGGGGACUCUGCCCUUCCAGACAGACGAACCCAGAACGCAGUCGCACAGUCCCAUGCAGCGGAAAACGUUGGACAACUUGCUCAAGCACUUUACCGUCAAGCUGGACGACGGGAGGCAGCAAAGAUGGUGGACGCUCGUCACCCCGGCGUUCAGCCACAUCCAGACCUACCACAUCGCGGGCAACUUGUUCGCCUUCUCCACCUUCUCGCGGAUGUUGCUCGCCUACGGGAUAGCCCCUGCCCGGUACGGGGCGUUGAUCCUGGGCUCCGCCGUGGCGGGCAACUUGGCCUUUCUGCGCCAGGCGUCCCAGAGACGGCGGCGUGAGCAGCCCGGCGACAGCCGCGCCCUGCACAUGAGGGCGCUGGGCCUGUCCGGCGUCGUCAUGGGCCUGGGCGCCGCCGUGUCGCUGGCCACCCCGAAGUCCAGGGUCCUCCUCUUCGGCGCCGUCCCCGUCCCGGUCUGGCUGGUGAUGCUGUUGUACACGGCCUACGACUCGGCGCGGCUCGACGACCAGGCCUCGACGGUCGGGCACGCCGCCCACCUUGGCGGCGCCGCCUUCGGGGCCGUUUACUAUCUGGUCGCCCUGCGCAACCCGGCAGCCCUCCCGUUUGCCUGGCUUUUCAGGCUCUGA